CCGGCGUUUUGAUAUAGCAAGUUGUUAGCUAGUUGUUAGCUUUUUAGUUUGAUCAAGUCUUGCCGAUAACAGUUGACAAUGGGAUCGUCAAUUUUACCACGUAGCUGACAAGACAACAUUGGAAAAGAAAUAGAAUCAACUGCACAGUUACGUUUUAUGAAGAAGCCUUAGAGACUUACCACAUAAAGAUGGGGAAGCGGAAGGUACCAGAUCUGUACAGAGCUCCUUUCCCCUUGUACGCAAUCAAGGUAGACCCUAAAACAAGGAUGGUGAUCACUGCAGGAGGAGGCGGGGCUUCCAAAACAGGCAUAAAAAAUGCAGUGCAUUUUCUAAGUUUGGAGUUGGUUGGAGACCACCAGUACAGUGCCACUCUGAUUCAUUCUCAUGACACUGAUACACGUGCUACUAUGAACAUGGCCAUAGGUGGUGGUGUCAUCGCUGCAGGGCAAGAUGGCACCUGUUGCUUGAUGCGCUUUAAACAGCGUCAGCAAAAAGUUGAGCGCAAAACUGCAAAAGAGGCUGUUAACAGUGAAGAGCAAGGUGCUGCCAGGCGACGAGCUGGGAAAGGCAACAGAGAUGGAAAAGGUGGAGCUGCAGCUGCUAGAGAUGUGUCUGAGUUGAAGAAUGAAACUGCCCAGAUUUCUGUGACUAGUUUUGGUGAAGUGCAGUCAGACCUAAACCCCCAGGACCCGCUCCAGAAAGUUGUUCGGUUCAGCUCUGACUUAGGCCUUCUUCUGACAGGAGGCACAGAUGGGCACGUCCGGGUGUGGGAGUACCCUUCCCUGAAGAAGAAGUUUGACUUCAAAGCACACAAAGGAGAGAUUGAAGACUUGGAUAUGAGCCCAGGAAAUAAGCAUCUUGUGACUGUAGGUAGAGACUUUGUCUGCAGUGUAUGGAGUGGAAACCAACUGGCCUUGAAUCUUCGCUGGAAUGACACCAUGCCUCAGAUUGAGGACAAGACAUACCGCUAUAUGGCUUGCAGGUUUGGUAAGGUGGAAGACCAAAAAGAUGCCCUUAGGCUUUAUUCUGUGCAGAUCCCCCAUAAACGAGAUAGGAAACCACCUCCAUGCUACCUCACUAAAUGGGAUGGAAAGAGCUUCCUUCCGAUGCUGACAGCACCCUGUGGCAGUGAAGUUAUCUCCUGUAUGACAGUCAGUGACUCGGGAACAUUUCUUGGCCUUGGAACUGUGACAGGAUCGGUAGCUAUCUUUAUUGCUUUCUCGCUACAGAAGUUAUACUAUGUGCAGGAAUCCCAUGGCAUUGUAGUGACAGAUCUGGCUUUUCUGCCGGAAACAUUUAAAGGCAAAAGUAUCAAGGGGAACAAUGAGGAAGCCUUACUAAGCGUAGCUGUGGACAGCAGAUGUCAGGUGCAUGCCAUCCACAACCGAAGAUCCUUCCCUCUGUGGCUGGUGCUGUUUUUCUGUGGCCUGAUGGUGGUGGGAAUAAUCCUCCUCCUGCAAUACCUCUUCCCAGGCUUCAUUUGAAACAUCCAAACAAUUGUAGAGAGAGCCUGGACAGAUCUUAGAUGACUUUCCUUGCCACUAUCAACAUCAGCAAUCCUCACUCCCACCACGGACUUCAUUUCCCAUCUGACCGUUACCAGACCGCAACUCCCAUCUGACUCUUAGCCCAUUCCUCUAAAGUAUCUUCAAACUUCACGUUGGACUCUAAAUUGCUUUUAUACCCCCUUAAACAUUGUUCCGGAUUGAAUGUAAAAAAAAAAAAAAACAGCAUGAGAGACUCUAAGGUUUUAUUUGUUUUGACAGACAUGAUUUGUAUCAAUCACUGUUGAUUUUUUUUUUUUGUACAAUGUUGGGGAGUGACGGGUUCAGGUUCAUAAAAUUGUCAUCAUGAAUGUGGAAAACGAGGGAUUUUUAUUCAGAUAUUUAAGCAAUAGUGUAUAAAUAUAUAAAUAUGCUUUAAAAUCACUGGUGUAUAAUAAUGUCUGAUUUUAUUCUAUGUACGGGCAGAGUUGAUCAGAACCCACCAUCUGCAGUUGUCUCUGGCAAAACAGGACAUUUAGUGAAUUUCUACUGUUUCAUCCACUAGUGGGCAACAAAGACCGUCGCUAUGGUUUCCCUUACUAGAUAGGACGGGAAGGCUGGGUAGCAUGCAAAACAGGUAGUAAACUAGAUUUGAAUUUAGGAUGUUGCAGAGAGGCCUUAGCCUCCUAUCAUGACCUGCUUAAAGCCUGCCAUUACCAUUUGAGGAUAAUGUACAGAGUUGCAUAAAAAUGAAUAUUCAAUCCGUCUUUGGCAUCAUCCUUGAGCACUUUUUUCCCCCCCACACAGCCGUAUGAUGUAUUAGAUUAACUUUGCUUUGAAUUUACAGUGCCAGUGUUCAGGGUUGUCUGAUGGUUAAACAUAAAAUUCUACUCAGGGUUUCUACAAUGUAUACCCUCCUGGACAGUUCCAUAUUACCUGUUAACAUGUAUGAAGUACUGUUGAUGUGUAUGAAGCACUUGUCAUUUAAAAGUAUGGAGCUAGUUAACUAUUUAAUAUUGACUAAACUAAAAUGAGUUUUACCCCAGCGCACCCUUUUCUAUAAAGAACUAUUGGAUUUCAAUUUUAUUUCAACACCCCUCUAUAUCCUUCUGCAGAUGUAAGAAUUUCAAAUCAAAUUUUGAAUUUCAUUGAAAUUAAUGUGAACUGAAAGUGGAUAUUAGUGCAUUAAAGAU